UAUUUUCAUCAUAGAUAGACGAAGUGGAGUAAUUAUCGAAGUAAUUCUCUACCCCGCAAAUAUGUAUAAUUUGUCGCAAAAAGGUUUCACUUGUUCUAUUAACGCGUUUCAUAAAACGUUCCCUUACCAUGCGGGCGUUGAUCACGUAGGGCCACCGUACAGCAGAAGGGUGACGUGCGAUUGAAAACAAUCGAAUUUCCGGAAUCCAUCGUCGAUUAGCAUGUUUUUUUCGUUUUCUUCAAUUUAAACAAAAAUCUGGAGACAACUACCCCAUGUUCAUGAAGUGCUGUCAGCCUUUUGGGCUUUCUGAAGAGAUUCACUUUCGGAUCACACACACACACAGUCCUGACUUGCUCCUGGUGCAGAUCCCACUGUGAAUUGAUCUGUGAAAAAGACACACAAGCAGUAUGUCGGAGAACCUCGUCCUCACCUUCCAGACCCAGCUCUCGGGAGUCAUGGAGACGGUCCUAAAGUCAGCCAUGUAUGAGAUCACCAGACUGGUGGAGGAUGGCUUCCUGGAGGAGGUGAGACGUGGUCAACAGGAAGUGACACGGAGCCACCAGGAAGUGGAGUCUCUGCGGAUCUUGCUGCAGCGGGCAGAGAGUCAGCUGAAGGAUGUCAGUCAGAGGGCCAGGUGUGGAGACUGUGGCAGGACAGAUGUCUACAACGAGGAAACAGACGACAGACCUCCGGGAAUACAAGACAGUCUGCUUCUGCUGAGCGGGUGUGACCUGAAGCUGGAGGAGGAGCCAGAGGUCAGGUGGAGAAGCUGUGGACAGGAAACAGUGGAGUCAUCACAGGUAGCAGCUAAACCAACUCCUCCCACUCCUCCAGCUCCCAGUCCUUCGCUGGUAGGCAGUGUUAAGGAGGAGGAAGGGGAGGAGGACAUGGAACCGUGGAGAAUCAAGGUGGCCAUACAGCCGUCUGCAGCUCACACCUACACAGAGGAGCAGCGGGACUCAGACACACUCGUUCAGAGUACAGGGGACUCUAUUGGGUUUCCCUCUGCGGACACAGAGGUCCAACAGGUCACCCAGACACCCAGACUAGCAGUGCCAUCUCAGAACCAGAGCAGAGGACCCAGUAAUGACGGUGACAGAACGAGGAGUAGAGCCUCACCGGUGUGGAUAGGCCAUAGAAUAUUAGACACGGAUACUGACGUUCACAGACAAGCUCAGUCGAACCUACGACUGGUAAGAGAGCCUCUGUCGUCCUCUGAAUCGGCAGAGGCGAAGCAGCUAGCUAGAGAUUUCGCUCCCCCAACCAAUCCCAGCACAGCGGGGGCCUCUGUCUCCUCCUCCUCAUCGGGCUGUCAUGUCUUCAGCUCUCUAAACUACAGGAUUCCUUCCAAAUAUAAGCCCAGCGCUCAAACCCUGCCGCGCAUGAGAGUAUACAGGGAUGCUGCCAAGCGGGGCGGCUACCCAAUGUACAACAGGGGGGCCGCCCAGGGAGGGCUCACCUCCUCCCAAACACCAACCCAACAAGGGAACCACCAGCAUCACCACCCUGGGAGGCUGGCCCUCCGCUGCCCAGUGUGUGGUAAGGUCUUCCCCCAUCCCAGUAGCCUUAAGGCCCACCAGCAGACCCACACGGGGGAGAGGCCGUUCAUCUGCGCCCUGUGUGGCCGGAGCUUCACUAAGUUAAGCAACCUGAAAGCCCACCGGCGUGUUCACACUGGGGAGAGACCCUACAGCUGCUCGGACUGCGGCAAACGCUUCACACAGAAGUGCAACCUUAAGAGGCACCAGAGGAUUCACAUGGAGAAUGAUAUAUGAUGUGGGUGUGGGGAGGAGUGUGGGUCGGUGUGGGGAGGAGUGUGGGUCGGUGUGGGGAGGAGUGUGGGUCAGUCUGGGUGUGGGGGUGUUGGUUGUUCAUUUGACCCAUGUUAUUGCAUAAAUGGUAUAUAGUUUGUUAUUCCUUUAUAUCAAUACUGUUGAUAGGAAGUUAGACAUGAUGUAGGAUAGAUAAGCUGUGUUUUCCCCAUGGAAUUGUCUACAGUUUUUAUAAUAAUGUAUAGUCAUUGACAUUUCUAUAAGUGAAUUGAAGUUUCUCUAGACCUUGUUCUCAGAUGAAUGUUCUACCAUAGAUGGCUAGUGUGGUAGCUAAUCAACGCUUGUCUUUUAAAAUCUGAGCACAUGACAAUGCUCUAUCCAUGUUCUUCUGAGUGUCCCACAUCAAAUGUAGUGGAAUAUGUAUACCCUAUAAAAUGUAACAUAAAAAAAAAUACCUCGGUCAAUGAACAAUGGCUGCUGAGUGAAUAAGGUCAAUAUUGUUUGUGAAUGGAGAUUGUUUUUGUAUAAACUAAGUGGAUAAAAAAAUAUAUAUCUUUAUGAACAAAGAUUUUUAUGAGAUGGUUGCAUCGUGAAAUGAAAAUCAAAGCUGUGCACUGUUCCCAUUGGAAGUAUAACAUGCAAGGGAUGGAUACAAUAGUUUUAUUUUAGAAGUAAAUGGGGUGACUGAAGAAAUAGUAUUGGUCUAAACUAGAUACAGGGCUAAGAUUUGUUUGUGGUUUUUAAAUCAAAUUAAAGCAGUCAAGCGUGUUA